GUUUGGAGUAGAACCAUUCAAGAUUACAUGUCCAUUUCCUUCUACAUGGACUAUUUUUUAUAGGCAAAGUGAACUUCUAGAGUUAUGAUAAGAUACUUCUGGUCCUUUGGCGAUAUGGUACGUCUCUUCAUCGCUCGGACUGGUUACUCGUCGUUCUCCUCCGAGAUACAUCGUGCUACUCUUUUAUUGCCUUACUCCUUCGUCGGGUAGUACUGCACAUCGUGUUACCUCCUCCUCGUAUGACACCAUCCGUCGCUCUUCUUCAGAGCUUCUUACACGAUGUACCUUUGUUCACAACUCUAUCGCAUCUCUUCUGAUUCUCAUUAAAUGCAUUGUUCUUCUUUUAGACUUAACCGUCAGUCUGAUUUGACUAGUCCUUACAUGUGUCCUUCAUGAGGCGAAGCAAUAGAUGUUUUGAUUUUGGUAUAAUCGUUUUUCGGGCACUUAUCCGAUGCAUCUUUACUCACCUUCUUAUUAUAUGAUCACCUCCUAGGAUGCUUACGUGUGACAAUCAGAUAUUUUUCGGAAUCAAACAUACAUUACCGCCUAUAGAGUUUAUACAGACACGUAGGAUGAUUUUCAGGUAACCAACAGUUUCCUCAGUGGACAUGGUCCAAGAAUGACGUCCGUUAGAUAAGAGUGAUCAGCAGAUAGAUGUCAACCAGCCAGCAGCGCAGUUGCCAAACAUACACAGUUAUCGUUCUAAUUCGGUUUUAACUUUUAACCAAUGAAGCUGGUCCACUCGUAUGGUCCGUAAUACGUUAAUACAAACAGUACGUGUGUGUGUUGUGACACAUCCUUUUCUUAUCCACCAAACAAACAGACACUCCUUUUUUUCUUUUCUUUUUACUAAUAAAUCUAGCAGCGACAGAACUCCACAGAUAACUCAUCAGAGUGUGCCACACAAUACCCCAAAUUUUUGCUGCUUUUCAUUUUCUUGCGAUCAAUUUAUUAUUUACUGCUCUCCAUCUCUCUCCAAUUCUCUUCUUUAUAUUUAUUGCAAUCUGCACGGAACCAUGUGCUGACUACCGAGGAGAAGGAAAUAAGGAAGUUUCACACCCACACCGCAUACAUAUAACUUCUUCUUCUUCUUCCUUGUUCCGUAUCUAACAGUUCAUAACUCUACAACCAACAUUUUCCUUUUCUUCUCUCUCACAAAACUAGUAGAUCUUCUUCAAUGGAGAUACCCAAACCGGAAGAACAACCAGAAAAUAUCCAACCCCAACUGAAUCAUAAUAAUAAUAAUAAUACUCUGUCGCCGAGUAGUAGUGGAAGAAAUAAUGGUCUUUUGAACUCACCUGAAUUUGAGUUUUGGAUGGUUAGUAAUCCAUCGUUUCCACAACCUAAUCUUCAUUCUGCUGAUGAGUUGUUUGUUGAUGGUAUUAUACUUCCUCUCUGUCUUCUUUCUCAUGAUGAACAACAACAACAACAUUCUUCUGAUGAAAACCCACUAAGAAAUCUCGAUGAUGUUGAUGAAGAAGUAAAUGAAACCCCCAUUUCAGAACAGGGUCUAAAACCAGAACCAGAAUCAGAAAACGGACCGAGUCGUGAAAUCGGUACACAACCAGGUUCAGGUCCCGAGUCAUCAUCUUCUGCUGCAGCAGCAGCCUCGACAACAGUGUUCUCGACAUCAAAGAGAUGGAGAGAUAUAUUCAAAGUCGGUGAGAAGAAAUCUGUAAACAACAACAGCAACAAUCAAGAAGAAAGUAAAUCGGGUGCUGAGAAAUCAGAGAAGAGGAAAGAUAGAAAAAGUAGUGGUAAUACUAAUAAUACCAGUAGUACUGCUAGUGGAACAAACAACUCGGCCGAGUUAAACAUAAACAUAUGGCCAUUUUCAAGAAGUAGAUCAGCUGGAAAUAAUAAUGUGAAUCGUCCAAAAGUACCAUUAACCCGGAAGGUAAGCAGUGCUCCAUGUUCGAGAAGUAACUCGGGCAGUGAGUCAAAAUCAAGGAAAUGGCCAAGUAGUCCGAGUCGAGGUGGUGGGAUUCAUUUAGGAAGAAGUAGUCCUGUUUGGCAAGUUCGUCGUGGACUUAAUACUGCUUCAACUACAGGGAUGAACAAAAAUUCUUCAGAAGUGGUAGUUAAGAAUGCUGAUAUUAAGGUUAGUAAUGUUAAGAAAGAGAGUAAUGCUGAUAGUAAGGUUAGUAAUGUUAAAAAAGAAGGUUCUGAAAGUAGCCGAUGGAGUAAGAGUCGAUUAGGUGGUGGAAGCGGAGGCGGUGGGAGUAGUGGUGGUGGUGGUGUCGUCAGUGGUUUGAACUUGAAUGUUCAAAUGUGUAUGGGUUAUCGCCAGAAUUCAAUUUGCAGAAGUGAUGAACAUAGAUCAAGCUUGCUUGUCAAUGGUGGUGAUCAAAAUUGCAGCGGCGGUGCUGCUGGUAAUGGUGGAAAUGGUGUUAAAAUGUUUAAUAUUCGCACCCUAUUCUCCUCCAAGAAAGUGUAUUAAGAUCAGACAGAAAAAACCUCUUUUUGUGUAUGUUAAUUAAUUGCGUAUAAGAUUAUGAUAACUAUUUAAUUAACUACUUUUUUUUUUUUGCUUAAUUAUUAUUUCGUAGUACUCUCUGUAGAGAUAUUUAUAAGUUUAUCAAUUCAGAGAGCUAUCGCAUCGCUGCUUCUGGUAUUAAUAUUAAUCAGGAUUCCGACAUAAGAUAUUAUCUUUUCUCUGUGUAUUCAAUAAUUCGGGCGGGUUCUUAUAAUGGGAGAAGAGAGAAACAUGUGAUCCUCAAAUAAUGGUGUCUCUGAAGUUAA